GGAAAAAGAAGUGUGGACAAUUCUUCAUUAAAAGCUAGGAAAUCCUUUACAAAUGAAGAUAUAGUUUUCCAUUAAAAGCUAGGAAAUCCCUUACAAGUGAAGAUAGUUCUCCAUUAAAAGCUAGGAAAUCCCUUACAAGUGAAGAUAGUUCUCCAUUAAAAGCUAGGAAAUCCCUUACAAGUGAAGAUAGUUCUCCAUUAAAAGCAAUAAAAGGAAUGCCCACCUUCUUAGUUAUAAAAGCAAAAGAAAUGAAAGCUGAAAUUAUAGAGUAUCUGCAGAAUUAUAAGCCAUUUAAAUCAUUGCCAAAAGUUGGAGAUCCUGUUUAACCAUUAUGUUGACAACACUAGAGGCAUAUCUGAGGAAGUGAGAGAUGAAUUAACUUCAUAUCUCAGCUUGACAUAUAAAGACAUUUUCAAUCUAUCUGUCAGUUCUGACAUUCCAUCUAUGAUGCACAACACUAUAUCAUUCAUAAUACAUCAUUCAGGAAACAAAGAUUUUAAUAAUCCAAUAGAUGUUUGCCAAAAUUUAGAAAGGAUCCGUGAAACUACUGGAGAAUAUGAAAGGAUUGGUAAAAAUACUAAAAAGGAUGCAAUUACAGGACUUAUUAAUCAUUCAUCGACAAAAGAUAAAAAAUCAGAAAUAGGCAGAAAAAGAUCAGGAAAUAAGAAAAUAGAUGCAGCAGAAUCCAAGAAGUGUACAGUAAGACUGACUGAUAUUGGUACUAUUAAAAACUUGAAAACAUAUGUAAACAAGACAGAGAAAAAAAAGAAAAAGAAGGAAGAUAUGUGUAAAGAACUUGUAAAAAAAAAUGUUAAAUGUUAAAGGGGCACUAGCUGUCAAAUUCAUGUUCACCGACUUUACUUAAUUUCUAGUAUUUGAUUUAUAAUAAUGAAUAAUGUUAACAUUUAUCCAACCUAUUUAAAGUCUAAAAUAAAUUAUUAAGAGGACACGGUAUAAAAUUACAUUUCUUGUGUUCGCAGUCUAGACCGCCAUCUAAUUAAUUAUUGAGUUGACAUCUAAAGUCAUUCAAUGACCAUAUAAGCGAU